GGCAGCAGGGACUGGACCGGAAAUCGGUGUUCAUUUGGAAUUUAAAAUAAGAGCGCAACAUGUCUCAGUUGCACAUAAAGAUAUAAUCAAAUGAAACUGUUUUCUGCUAUGUUUAUUUAUUUGACACGUUUACUACUACACAACACAUGUUAAUUAAUUAGGUACAUUGUAUUGAGCAAAAGAACGUUGUCGAGAACGUUGUUAUGUAGAACCGGAUGUGAUUUGUGGUCUCGUUGGCACUGAAAAAGCUCGACCGGGCUUCACUUCGCUCUAGUGAUACCAUUAUCCCCAUCAUCCACCUGGACAGCCAGCCUCCCGUUGUCCUCUAGAUACUUAAACAGUUGAAUACCUUUCGGGGAAGCCCACCCCCAAGUGGCCACCAUGGGGGACGAUAGCGAGUGGAUAAAGCUUCCCACCGAUCAGAAAUGUGAACACAAGGUGUGGAAAGCUCGUCUGAGUGGUUAUGAAGAAGCUCUGAAGUUGUUCCAGAGGAUCAAGGACGAGAAGAGUCCAGAAUGGGGGAAGUACCUGGGACUGAUAAAGAAGUUUGUCACUGACUCCAAUGUAGUGGCUCAGCUUAAAGGCCUUGAGGCUGCCUUGGUCUUCAUUGAGAAUGCCCAUGUAGCUGGCAAGACAGCGGGUGAGGUGGUGUCGGGUGUGGUGACCAAAGUGUUCAACCAACCAAAGGCCCGCGCUAAGGAGCUAGGCACAGACAUCUGUCUGAUGUACAUGGAGAUCGAGAAGGCGGAGGUGGUUCAAGACGAGCUGCUCAAAGGACUGGACAACAAGAACCCCAAGAUAGUGGUGACCUGUAUUGAGACACUCAGGAAGGCUCUCAGUGAGUAUGGGUCUAAGAUAGUGACGUUGAAGCCAGUGGUGAAGGUUUUGUCCAAGCAGUUUGAGUCCAGAGAGAAGGCGGUAAGGGACGAAGUCAAGCUGCUUGCUGUGGAGAUCUACAAAUGGAUCAGAGAUGCUCUGAGACCACCACUGCAAAAUAUUAACUCUGUACAGCUGAAGGAGCUAGAGGAGGAGUGGAUGAAGCUGCCUUCCACACCUCCCAAACAGACCAGGUUCCUGCGCUCACAGCUUGACCUGAAGGCAAAGUUUGAACAGCACCAAGCCCAGGGAGAACAAUCUGAUGGAGAGGAUGAGGCAGAAACAGUGGCAGCAGUGGAUCCUUAUGAACUGCUGGAAGCCGUGGAAAUUCUGUCCAAGAUACCCAAAGACUUCUAUGACAAAAUAGAAGCUAAAAAGUGGCAGGAGAGGAGAGAAGCUCUGGAGGCUGUAGAGGCUCUAACAAAGAACCUCAAACUAGAGAACGGAGACUAUGGAGACCUCGUCAGAGCUCUGAAGAAGGUUGUGGGGAAAGAUGCCAAUGUGAUGCUGGUAUCAGCUGCAGCUAAAUGUCUUGCUGCGUUGGCCUCUGGUCUCCGGAAGAAGUUUGGAACGUAUGCAGGACAAGUGGUUCCAACUAUUCUGGAGAAGUUCAAGGAAAAGAAGCCUCAGGUGGUCCAGGCCUUGCAGGAGGCCAUUGAUGCCAUCUUCCUUACUACCACUCUUCAAAACCUGUCAGAGGACAUUCUGGGUGUGAUGGACAAUAAGAACCCCUCCAUUAAGCAGCAGGUCUCCCUGUUUCUGGCCCGCUCCUUCAGACACUGCACACAGGCCACCCUGCCCAAGAGUGUCCUCAAACCGCUCUGUGCUGCUCUCAUCAAGCAAGUGAAUGACUCUGCACCAGAGGUGCGGGACGCCGCUUUCGAAGCUUUGGGUACGGCCUUGAAAGUGGUGGGAGAGAAAGCGGUGAACCCUUUCCUGUCUGAUGUGGAUAAACUCAAACUGGAUAAGAUAAAGGAGUCUGCUGAUAAAGUAGAGCUCCUUGGAGGGAAGAAGGGUGCAGGAGGAGGGGGGGAAAAGAAGGCUGCAGCUAAAGCUCCUCCCCCUGCUGAAGCACCAUCUAAAUCCUCUGCCCCACCCAAGAAGACCCAAGCUGGUGCUGCCAGCAAGUCGUCAGCCGGUCCAUCGAAGAAGUCCAAACCAACCUCUGCUGUUGGUGGAAAAACCAAGAAGAACCUUGACAAUAAAGAAUUCACUGAGAGUGAAUUAUCGAUUGAAGUGUGUGAGGAACGGGCUGCAAGUGUACUUCCUGCCUCCUGUGGACAGCAGCUGGACUCGGCCAACUGGAAGGAGAGACUGGCCAGUAUGGAGGAGUUCCAGAGGGCUGUUGAAACCAUGGAUAAAGUGGAGAUGCCCUGCCAAGCCUUAGUCCGGAUGCUGGCCAAGAAACCAGGCUGGAAGGAGACCAACUUCCAGGUGAUGCAGAUGAAGCUGCACAUUGUGGCUCUAAUUGCUCAGAGAGGACAGUUUUCAAAGAUGUCAGCCUCCGUGGUUUUGGAUGGCCUGGUGGACAAGAUUGGAGACGUCAAAUGUGGUGGAAACGCCAAAGAGGGAUUGACUGCUAUUAGCGAGGCUUGCUCUCUGCCAUGGACUGCCGAACAGGUUGUGUCUAUGGCGUUUGCACAGAAGAACCCAAAAAACCAGGCAGAAACCCUCAACUGGCUGGCUAAUGCCAUGAAGGAGUUUGGCUUUGCUGGUAUCAAUGUGAAGGGUUUCAUCAACAACGUGAAGACCGCUCUGGGAGCGACUAACCCUGCUGUACGGACAGCUGCCAUCGCCCUGCUGGGAGUCAUGUUCCUCUACAUGGGAGCUCGUCUUCGCAUGUUCUUUGAAGACGAGAAGCCUGCUCUCCUCGCACAGAUAGAUGCUGAGAUUGAGAAGAUGCAGGGCCAGUCCCCACCAGCACCAAUCAAAUUUACGAAGAAGUCAGCAGCAGAAGAGGAGGGUGAUGAAGGAGAGGAACAGGAAGAAGAUGGAGGAAGAGGAGGAGGAGGAGCACAGGACAUUAUUGACCUAAUGCCCAGAACGGAUAUUAGUGACAAGAUUACAGCUGAUCUGGUGUCAAAAAGUGGGGAUAAGAACUGGAAGAUCAGGAAGGAGGGUCUGGACGAGAUUGCAGCCAUCAUCUCAGAGGCCAAGUUCAUCACAGCCAACAUUGGAGACCUUCCUCUGGCCCUGAAAGCGCGACUCAGCGACUCCAACAAGAUCCUGGUCCAGCAGACUCUUACUAUCCUGCAGCAGCUGUCUACAGCCAUGGGACCUGGACUCAAGCAGCAUGUUAAAGCAAUGGGAUUCCCUGUUAUCACUGUACUGGGAGACAGCAAGGCCAAUGUAAGGGCGGCUGCAAUGACCACGCUGCAGGCCUGGGUGGAGCAGACGGGGAUGAAGGACUGGCUGGAGGGAGAAGAUUUGUCAGAGGAGCUAAAAAAGGAGAAUCCCUUCCUACGACAGGAGGUGCUAGGCUGGUUAGCAGAGAAGCUGCCGACCCUGAGAACAGUACCCGGGGACCUGAUGAUGUGUGUCCCUCAGCUCUACUCCUGUCUGGAGGACAGAAACGGAGAUGUGAGGAAGAAGGCUCAGGAUGCCCUGCCUACCUUCAUGAUGCACCUGGGCUACGACAAAAUGGACAAGGCUGCUGGGAAACUCAAAACCGCCUCCAAAGAUCAGGUGUUAGGCAUGUUGGAAAAAGCCAGAGCUUUGAUGCCAGCUAAACCUGCUGCCCCUGCCAAAGCUGGAGGGGGGAGAGGCUCUGCAGAGCCAAGCAGAGCUGCUUCAGCCCCCAGGCAGCCAGCCAGUGAGGACUUUGUGGAGAGUAAACCCGAAGCCAAGAAGGUCCGGGGAGGAGGAUCUGGGAAGAAGCCUCCCUCCCCUCCAGAGGAACCUGUCCCUCCCCCUUCCAAGGAAAAGGACAGUAAUGCUAGUAAAAAGCCCCCCAGCAAAGGGAAGGCUGCUGCUAGCAGUCAACAGGGUGCAGCUGGCAAGAAGCCUGCCGCCAAAAACCAGAAGGAUGAUGAAGAUAAGUCCGGGCCGAUCUUCAUCCUCAUCCCCAACGCUAAGGAGCAGAGGAUCAAGGAAGAGAAACAACUAAAGAUUUUAAAAUGGAACUUCACCACUCCCCGAGAUGAAUAUUUGGAGCAGCUGAAAACGCAGAUAUCCACCUGCUUUGCCAAAUGGCUACAGGAUGAGCUUUUUCACAUAGACUUCCAGAGACACGUCAAGGCCAUAGGAGUCAUGAUUGAGAGGUUGGAAAGUGAAAGUGAAGCCACCAUCAGCUGCCUGGACCUGAUUCUGAAGUGGUUUACCCUGCGGUUCUUUGACACCAACACCACAGUCCUGAUGAAGGUGCUGGAGUAUCUGAAGCUGAUGUUUGCCAUGCUGAACAGAGAGGAUUACCACUUGACUGAGUACGAGGCCAACUCCUUCAUCCCUUACCUCAUACUCAAGGUAGGGGAGUCAAAGGAUGUGGUUCGCAAAGAUGUCCGGGCCAUAUUAGCCAUGCUGUGUAAGGUUUACCCGGCAUCCAAGGUCUUCCCUUUCCUCAUGGAUGGAACAAAGUCCAAGAACUCCAAACAGAGAGCUGAAUGUCUGGAGGAGUUGGGUUGUUUGAUAGAAGGCUAUGGGAUUAAUGUAUGCCAGCCAACACCAGCUAAGUCUCUGAAGGAGAUAGCGGUGCACAUAGGCGACAGAGACACAUCUGUUCGCAACGCUGCCCUGAACACUGUGGUGGCUGUCUACAAUGUCUGUGGGGAACAAGUCUACAAACUAAUAGGAAAUUUAUCAGAGAAAGACAUGAGCAUGCUGGAGGAGAGAAUCAAGCGUUCAGCCAAGAAGACGACCACAGCAGCUCCCGCCAAGCCGAGUGCGACCGAGAGGUCUCAGAGGGAGCACCCUACGAACCCCAACUCCACCUUCCUCCGCAAGCCUGCACAAGAAGACCCCAACAAACUCAACCAAGCACGCCAGAACGCCCAGCACAGUGAGCCCUCCCACCCCUCCAUCCCUAAGGAGUUUCAGUUAGACCUGGACAUGAUCGAGAUGGACCAGAGUAGAGUGUGUGAGCUGCCGGACCUCGUCCAACACGAGCUGGACGAGCUGCUGGAGCCCAUCAUGAUUCCUGAACCCAAGAUGCGUUCAGUCUCUCCACAUUUUGAUGACCUCCACAACAGCACAGCCUCCACCGUCAACUUUGUCAUCUCUCAGGUGGCUAGCGGUGACAUUAGCAACAGCAUACAAGCACUGGCACAGAUUGACGAGUUGUUGCGGCAGGAGGACAAAGCAGAAGUCAUGUCGGGACACAUCGAUCAGUUCCUGAUUGCUACCUUCAUGCAGCUGAGGCUCAUCUACAGCACGCACAUGGCGGAUGAGCGGCUGGACAAGAAGGACAUCAUCAAUCUGUACAGCUGCAUCAUAGGAAACAUGGUCUCUUUGUUCUCUAUGGAGUCCCUGGCCCGAGAGGCAUCUAUGGGUGUGUUGAAGGACCUGCUGCACGGUGUGAUGAUACUGAUGCUGGAUAAAAGAGUGGAGGACAUAGAAGACGGACUGCAGGUCAUUAGAUCAGUCAACAUGCUGGUGACCAGAGUUCUAGAGAAGUCUGACCAGACCAACAUGAUCAGUGCUCUGCUGGUUUUGCUUCAGGACAGUUUGCUCACGACAGCCCCUCCAAUGUUCUCUGAGCUGGUCAUGAAGUGUCUGUGGAGGAUGAUCCGCUUUCUCCCAGAGACCAUCGACAACAUCAACCUGGAUCGGAUCUUACUGGACGUUCACAACUUCAUGAAGAUUUAUCCCAAAGAGAAACUCAAGCAGCUCAAGAGUGACGUCCCACACAGAACCCUCAAAACUCUGUUACACACACUCUGCAAGCUCAUGGGGGCCAAGAUCCUGGACCACCUAUCAAUGAUAGAGAAUCGUAAUGAGUCCGAGUUGGAGGCCCAUCUGAGGCGGGCGGUCAAACACUCUGGAAAUGUCUCAGGACUCAAGAGUGACCGUGGCAACGAGAAGAGCAGUCUGCGUACGGAGGAUCAGAUGACGAAGGCCAAGGUCAGUGACAUUCUGUCUGAAAUCUUCAAGAAGAUCGGGUCCAAGGAGAACACCAAAGAGGGUUUGACAGAGUUGUACGAGUACAAACAGAAGUACUCGGACGCAGAGCUGGAGCCCUUCCUCAAAAGUACGUCCCUGUUCUUCCAGAGCUACGUGGAGCAAGGCCUUCGUAUCAUCGAGUCCGAGACCCGCAUCCAAACCUCAGCAGUAAUCCCUCAGCAUGGCGAGGACUUCAGUCUGAGCAGUAACAAUGAGGAGCUGAAACCAGCCGUUUACUACGAGAGACUCAAGAUCCUCAGACAGAAACAAGGCCUGGCAAACAACUCCAAGCAGAGUGUUGAGUGUGAGGACGAGCCCCAGCAGCGACCUCCCAUGUCCUCCCUGCUGUCCUCCAAGCCGCCCGUGGCCUCGUCCACCGACAUGCUCCACAGUAAGCUGUCUCAGCUCAAAGAGUCAAGAGAGCUGUACCAGCAGGAACAUAACACACACUCCUAUGCCCCGACGCAAGCACACACCCGCUCAGCUUCACCGGCAGGCAACCUGGACGACCUGAAGAAACGUCUGGAGAGGAUAAGGAGCAAACCGCAGUAAGGAGCACCACAUCACCUCUUCAUCUCAUCCCCGAGCUGGUGGUAGAAAAUCUAUUCUGUGUUCAUGUUCUGGUGGAUGGAAAGGGGAAGCAGUUCAACAAACCAGGUAGCAGCAGACAAAACACACCCUCAAGUUUGAACCUGACUCCACGCAUUGUGCCUGUAAAUUAUUAGACAACAAAUGCACCCUAAUCUGAUAUGUAUGAUGUAGAUGAAUACAUUCAUAUUGAGACUGAGAUUGUCAGCCUCUAUACACACUGUGGAAACCAUUGACGUGUUUUUGUGUACUAUUCAAUCUUCUCAGAGUCUGGCAGUGAGCUUUGAUGUUAUGUACAGGAUCACAUCGUCAGCUGUAAUCCUCAGUCUGUCCAGUUUCAUCUGCAUAAACAAACUGUCAACCGCCUUCCUGUCCCGUCCCAGCUGUCUCUUUCUUGCCUUUUACCCUCUUCUCUCCCAUGUACACUUUUUACUCUGAUAAUUAAAUGGUAAACUUCC